AUUAAAAUCACGACAUAAUAUUCUCAAGACCCAAGAAGAAAAUCAAAGAGUCAGAGAUGGAACCUUGGGUUCCCCACUGGUCUUCUCAGCCACAAGGGAGGCCCAUGGCACCAUCAAAGGAUGCAAACCGAGGGCUUCAGAGUGGACAUUAUAGACCCCGUCCUCACCCUCAGUACAGUGGAGAUAAGUACCAAUGGCAGGAUGCCCAAAGGAUCCCAAAGCUACAGCAGGACCCCAGGGUGCAAGACCCCAGGGCACAGGAUCCCAGGGCUGACCACCAACAGGUCCACUAUGUACCCAGGCCUGGGGGAUGGUCUCAGCCUGUGUCUGGAGCAGAUUACUUGGAUGGAUCUUAUACUAAUCAGAUGUACUCAAGGCCUGGCUAUGAGGACCCCUAUCAGAGGUACCACACUCCAACACCUAGGGAAGAGUAUGCUUAUGGAAAUUAUUACUACAAAGGACAUCCACAGAUGAUGCAAGAAGAAAGAGUGGCAAGGCAAGGGAGUCCUUAUAUCUGGAAUGAAGAUUAUGGAGACCAAAAGUACUUCAACGAGCAUCAUCGUGAAAAGCACAAUAGUCCAUUUGGAACAAAUAGAGAGACCCAAUUCCAUAGCAGCAAGAAUCCGUAUGAAGACAGCCUUGCUUCUACCUCUGGACAGGAGCAGCCUGGGGAGUUCUUUCCAGAGAGUGAGGCCCAGAAACAAAAGCCAUCACUGACCAGCAGGUCCAACCUUCUCCAACAGCAUGAGUCUGGCCUCAGCUCUAGCAGCUAUGAGCUCAGUCAGUACAUGGCAGAUGUCCCAGAGCAGUAUUCACCUAUGGUAUCAUCAGUAUGGAGACCUAUUCAGGCUGAUGAUACUUCAACAACUGUUCCCAAGGCACCCACAAAGUUUUAUGUUCCCCAUGUGUCUGUGAGUUUUGGGCCAGGAGGCCAGCUAGUAUGUGUAACUCCCAACUCUCCUGCUGAUGGACAAACUGCCCUGGUUGAAGUACACAGCAUGGAGGUUAUCCUUAAUGAUUCUGAGGAUCAAGAGGAGAUGAGAGGUUUCCCAGGUCCCCUCAUAAGGGAGGACAUACACAAGGUGGAUAUCAUGACAUUUUGCCAGCAGAAAUCAGCUCAGUGUCUCAAAUCUGAGACACCAGGGAGCAGGGACUCAGCUCUACUUUGGCAACUGCUGGUUCUCCUUUGUCGACAGAAUGGGUCCAUGGUGGGGUCUGACAUUGCUGAGCUGCUGAUGCAGGACUGCAGGAAGUUGGAGAAGUACAAGAGGCAGCCUCCAGUGGCUAACCUCAUCAACCUGACUGACGAGGACUGGCCGGUGCCGAGCUCCGGGACUCGCAAUCUGCUCACUGGGGAGAUUCCCCCCAGUGUGGAGACGCCAGCACAGAUCGUGGAGAAAUUUACCAGGCUGCUCUACUAUGGAAGGAAGAAGGAAGCCUUGGAAUGGGCUAUGAAGAACCACUUAUGGGGCCAUGCUUUGUUCCUAGCCAGUAAGAUGGACCCAAGGACUUAUAAUUGGGUCAUGAGUGGCUUUACCAGUACACUGGCUCUCAACGACCCCCUGCAAACCCUCUUCCAGCUCAUGUCGGGAAGGAUUCCACAAGCAGCCACGUGUUGUGGAGACAAGCAGUGGGGAGACUGGCGGCCCCACUUGGCUGUGAUCCUGUCAAAUCAGGCUGGAGAUACAGAGGUGUACCAGCGAGCGAUUGUCAGCAUGGGGGAUGCCCUGGCUGGGAAAGGGCUUGUGGAGGCAGCUCACUUCUGCUAUCUCAUGGCUCAUGUGCCCUUUGGCCACUACACGGUGAAGACAGACCAUCUGGCCUUGCUGGGCAGUAACCACAGUCAAGAGUUUUUGAAGUUUGCAACAAUCGAAGCUAUCCAGAGGACAGAAAUCUUCGAGUACUGCCAGAUGUUGGGCCGCCCCAAAUCCUUCAUCCCUUCUUUUCAGGUGUAUAAGCUCCUUUAUGCUUCCCGUCUGGCAGAUUAUGGCUUGGCAUCCCAGGCCUUGCAUUACUGUGAAGCCAUUGGUGAAGCUGUCCUGAGCCAGGGAGGAAGCAGUCACCCUGUCCUAUUAGCGGAGCUCAUCAAGCUUGCAGAGAAACUGAAGCUGUCAGAUCCCCUGAUUUUAGAAAGACGCCCUGGGGACAAGGACCUGGACCCAGACUGGCUAGUGCAACUGCGGAGGCAGCACAAGACACUGGAGCAAAAUAAAACAGGAGACUACAGAGAUCCUGAUUCUAUUCAUUCAGACAUUUAUGGAACCAGAAGAACACCAGAUAUUCCCUACCAGGAUCUUUCAGGCUAUCAAAGCUACUUAGGGGACCUUGGGUACAGCUCAGCCCUGUGGCAAACACCUGAGCAGACAGGCCUGACCCAGCCUACCCUACAGCAGCCUUUCCCUCUGCAUCGAGAUGCCUACUCAGAGAGAGAAGAUUCAGGGCACAUGGGGACCCCAGUGCCUCUUUACUCGGUUCCUGCAACCCAUUUGUCAGUGACCAGUGGUGGCGGCAGCAGCAGCAUGGCAGUGACAGGGGCUCCUGGAGGAAGGGAUGGGGAGGAGAUGCUGCAGAUACAUCCUUCCCUUGGGGAGAACAUGGCUCCUCAAGAACCCCUACAAGACCCCGCUGGUCUAGAAGUUGUUUCCAGUCCUCAGGUACCACCAGCUCCCAGAGCUCAGAGGUUUUCUGAGGAUUCCACCAUUUCAGCCAGGAAGGAUGAAGAGGCAUCUUCAGAUGAGGCGGAUGAACCAUCUCACCUAGAUGCUUCACAGAGAGGAAAGCCAGAGGAUGGGAAAGAGAAUGCAAAGAGCUCUGGGUUUGGCUGGUUCAGCUGGUUUCGAUCAAAGCCUUCCAAUAGUGUGUCCCCCUCUGGAGAUGAAGACUCCUCAGACAGCUCUGACUCAGAGGAGUCUGCCAGCACAUCACCUCCUCACCAUCCUAGCCCGGGCCUCUCACCAACACCUCCACUCAAGUCCCCAUCUCCAUUGGAUGCCAGCACCUUCUCCAGAGGCAUAGGUGGAAGCAAUCUACUUGGGUCCUCAAACAGCAGUGGAGCAGCUGAAGGUGCUGGGGUUGGAAGUUUCUUGAGGCCACAGGGUGUAUCUUCUGAGUAUUACUCCCAGCCAGGUGCUCUGCCUCCUCCACCCACCUUGCAAGGUGCUGUUCCUCUCUACAAUCCAUCUCAGGUCCCUCAGCUUUCUACAGCUACUAGCCUGAACCGGCCAAACCGCCUAGCCCAGCGUCGCUAUCCAACCCAACCAUGCUGAGGGUGACCAUCUGUCCCAGGUUCAUGAGAAUGACCAACUCCCCACCCCUGGCUCAUCUCCUGGAGCACAGCUCUUCUGUUGUUUUCUACUUCUUAG